AUGUCACAUAUGCCGAAAUGGGUGACCGAGCUUAUCGCGAAAGAGUCAAGAGUCAAGGACUGUUUAGAGGUGUGGCGUCAGGAGCAGGAGGCAAUGAGAGCUGAGAGAGAGUCUGCUAGGGCUGAAAGAGGGGCAGUGAGGGCAGAGAAAGAAGCUGAGCGAGAACUUGAGAAAGUAAGGUUAGCUCAUGAAAGAGAGGAGCGGCAAGCUAAGAGAGACAGAGAUAAGUGGGAGGCUGAGAAAGAGAUUAAGUUGAAAGAGUUAGCUCUUAAAGAAAGAGAAUUGUCAGAUGAGGAGAGUGAUAAUUACGAUGCUAUUAAAACUGCUAUUCUGAAAAGGUAUGAAUUGACUUCAGAGGCUUAUCGGGAUAAGUUUAGGAAGUGUAGACAGUUCAGUGAUGAGUCAUUUAAAGAUUUUGUUGUUCGUGCAGAAAGGUUCUUUCACCAUUGGUGUGAUAGGGAGGAUAUUGGGUCAGACUUUGAAUUGUUGUUUGAUUUGAUUUUGAGAGAACAGGUGAUAGGAAGUUGUUCAAAUGAUUUGCAAUUGUGGGUUCGUGAGCAUACUCCAAAGUCUAUCAAAGAUGUUAUAACUUUGUCGGAGUCAUUUCAGGUUGCACAUAAAGGCAGUAAUGCAGGUGGUGGACGAGGUAACGCAGGGGAAAAGCCGGGUCCCAGACCAAAUAAGUUUGGUUUAGGUCAGUUCCAAAGGGGUAAGCAUGUCUCGCCAUCAGAGCAAAGUAAAACAUGUUACAAGUGUAACCGGGUAGGACAUAUUGCGCCAAAUUGUCCUUUGCGUAGUACAUAUCAGUCGAAACCUCCUUUUAAUCUAAACCCAGGGAAUCAAAAGUCGAAAGAGCGGUUUGGUUUGUGUCUUGGUGAAAAUAUGAUAGUUUCUGAUCAGGGUGAUGGUGUUCAUGAGAAUAAGAUGGUUGUUAAGUUGUCUGGCGUAUCAGCUACUGAUGAGUCUAGUCUUGAAACAUGUUGUGAAUCGGGUCUAGAUUUGGUAAGUGGGGAAGUUGGUGAAAAAGUUGUCUCAGUUUUGAGGGACACUGGAUGUUCCACUGUGUUUGUUAAUAGUAAGUUGGUUUCAGAUGAUGAAAAAACGGGGAGAACAAAAGUAAUCACUUUGGCCGAUGGUACAAGGAGAACUUGCAGUGAGGCGAUAGUAAGUGUGAAAACGCCAUACAUUUCAGGUAAGGUGCACGCGCUAUGUCUUGACUCACCUUUUGCUGAUGUAAUUAUUGGCAACAAUGUAAGCAUUGUAGUACCGAAAGAGGCAGCACCUUUGUCCAUGAUUGAGACUGCAGAAACAGUGGAUGAAGAAGAAUGUGGAGUUGUUCAAACUAGAUCAGAGACAAGGAAACAGGAGGAUGCAAAGAAACCAAAGCUGGAUGAUUUGAAAGAAGUGGACACAGAACAUGAAGAUUGUUGCUCCAAAGAAACUGCGCAGUAGUAUUAUGUCAUUAGCUCACCACACGCCACUGGCUGGACAUCUUGGAAACAAGAAAACAAGAGAAAGAAUUAUGAGAAACUUCUUUUGGCCAGGUAUGUAUAUAGAUAUAUCUCGGUAUUGUAAGUCAUGCUCUAUUUGUCAAAAGGGGACGCAAAGAGGGAGAACGCCAAAAGCGAAAUUGGUGCCAAUUCCAAAGAUCGAUGUUCCAUUUUCCAGAGUAGCGAUUGAUUUUGUGGGCCCAUUACCGAUGACAGAAAAGAAAAACAGGUAUAUUCUGGUAUGUAUGGAUUAUGCCACUCGAUUUCCAGAGGCUUUUCCGAUGAAAAAUCAAGACGCAGAAAG